AUGACAACAAGAACAACGACAAUGGCAAGUAAUGAACACUUAAAUCAAAUAUAUAACAAUUCAUCGACUUGUUUGGAUAAGUUUCCAAUAGAUUUUGUUAAUAAACUAUUAAAUAUAGAUAUUAAUCGUUUUAAUAUCUAUGAUAAAAUAAAUGAAAAAGAUAACGAAAAACUAUCAUCAUUAAAUGAGAUAGAUGAAUGUUCAUUAGAUACAUCAAUAACAAACAGUUCAUCAAUAGAACAUAUUCCACUAGUUCUUAUCUGUCGUGUUUGUGGCGCACCAGCACAUGGUUAUAAUUUUGAUCAAAUUACAUGUGAAUCAUGUAAAGCAUUUUUUCGUCGAAACGCUUUAAAAAAUAAGCCUCAAUUUAAAUGCCGUUUCGAUGGUAAUUGUGUUAUAAAUAUGCGUAACCGUCGACAAUGUAGUUAUUGUCGAUUAAAAAAAUGUUUUGAUAUAAAAAUGCGCAAAGAUUGGAUACGUACUGAAGAAGAACGUCGAUUACGACAAUUAAAAAAUUUACAUAAACAACGAGGACAAUUAAAUGAAUUAUCAUUAGAUGAACAAGAAUCGAUUGCAAAUAUUCCAUUAGUUGCACGAAAGAAAAAACGUCUUAAAUCAUUAAUUACAAGACAAGUAAUACCAGAACUUACUGUUGCAAAAAUAGAACCAGUUUACCCAAUGAAUACUUUUGCUAUUCAUCGUAAUUUAUGUGAUGAUGAUAGAAUUGUAUUAAAUAAUAUUAUAAAUGCUUAUAAACUUGGAGCUAAUCAAGCUGAUUAUUCUCAUAUUAAUCGAUGUACGUCAUCAACAACCUUAACACAAUUCUUAAAUGAAGAAGUUAAUAUGUAUGAAUCAUUAAUUAAUUUUUAUAAACAAAUACCGGAAUUUAAGAAAUAUAAUUUAACUGAUCGAAUUUUAUUAAUUAAAUGUAAUAUAACUAAUAUGAUACAUUUACAUCAUAUAAUAGUAGAAAAUUUUCAAGAACUUACCCAUAUGGCUGAACAUAUGCCUCGAUGGACAAGUCAAGAAUAUCAUGAGCAAAUGCAUCGAGCACGAAAUAAAAUGAAUUAUUUCAUGAAAUAUCCACUUAUAUUGAAAAUAGUCUUGGUUGUUUUUAUAUUUAGUAUUAAUUUAUCAAUACCGUGUGGUAAUAAUAGUAGUCAAUUUACAGAUUAUAAUAAUAAACGACAAUUAUAUGAAAAUCAAAAUUUUUAUAUCUUAUUACUUUGGCGUUAUUUAAAUUAUUUAUUUAAUGAAUAUGAAGCAAUAAGAUCAAUACAACUUCUUGUUACACAAAUUUUACGUUAUCAAACAUUAAUGGAUGAAAUGGAUGAAAUCAUAUGUAAAAAGGGAUAUCAAAAUGAAUUUAAUCCAUUGAUGCAAUCUGUUCUUAGAUUAACUUAA